UCCAAACCGAAGGAUGAAUGCCCUUGGCGUGCAUCGAGACGUGCUCGGCAUAGUGAGCACAUCUCAUCUGGGAACCGCCGCUCGACACCCCGAACGGCGGCCUCCCCUACUCCUACUCUACUCCUACAAGAACCCUUCCGUGGAAAAAACGCAUGUGCCAACCACCGGAAACCUCUGCUGCAGUCCAACACCACCACUGUGCCGUCCUGCGUAGCGUAGCCGAUGGGCUCGCGAGCGCUCGCCGUGCUCUGCCUGCUGGCCGUGUCCGUCUCCGCCCUGCUCGCGCCCGCGCACGCCGUACCUGCCGGCGGCGACGACGACGGCUGCGAGGCCGAGUCGGCGGGGCGCGACAAGGCGCAGGCCCUGCGGCUCAAGAUCAUCGCCAUCUUCUGCAUCCUCGCGGGGAGCGCGGUCGGGGCGGGCCUGCCGUCCCUGGGUCGCCGGUUCCCGGCGCUCCGCCCGGAGACGGACCUCUUCCUCGCCGUCAAGGCCUUCGCGGGCGGCGUCAUCCUCGCCACGGCGCUGGUGCACAUCCUGCCGGCGGCCUUCGAGGCGCUGCGGUCCCCGUGCCUCGUGGGCGGGCCGUGGAAGCGCUUCCCGUUCGCCGGGCUUGUCGCCAUGCUCGCCGCGAUCGCCACGCUCAUCGUGGACACCGUCGCCACGGGGUACUUCCACCGGACGAACGCCAAGCGGGCCGCCGCGGUCACCGACGAGCCGGCGCCCGAUGACCGUCCCGCCCGCGGCGACCUGGAGUCGGCCUCUGACGGGCACCACGGGCACGCGCACGCGCACGCGCACGGCAUUUCGGUGCUCGCCGGCCCGCCCGACGGCGACGAGCUCGUGCGCCACCGUGUCAUCUCUCAGGUGCUGGAGCUGGGCGUGGUGGUGCACUCGCUGAUCAUCGGGAUGUCGCUGGGCGCGUCCGACUUCCCGAGCACGGUGCGGCCGCUGGUGCCGGCGCUGACGUUCCACCAGCUCUUCGAGGGCGUCGGGCUUGGAGGGUGCAUCGUUCAGGCCAAGUUUCGGCUCAGGUCUGUGGUGGCGAUGGGGCUGCUCUUCUCCAUGACGACCCCGGUGGGGAUCGGCGUCGGCAUCGCGAUAUCGUCGGUGUAUGACGAGAGCAGCCCGACGGCGCUGGUCGUGCAGGGGCUGCUGGAGGCGGCCGCGGCGGGGAUACUGGUCUACAUGGCGCUCGUGGACAUCCUGGCCGAGGACUUCAGCAAGCCCAGGGUGCAGAGCAGAGCGCGGCUGCAGCUCGCGCUCAACGUGUCGCUGCUGCUCGGGGCUGGCCUCAUGUCCCUGCUCGCAAUCUGGGCAUGACGGCACACCAGAGGUUAUUACCAUCUGCGUUGUACUCGUAGGAGGCUGGCUGACCAUGGUAGGGGAGCAGUAGCUGUUUUUGUUAGGCUGAAGCAGCAAGUAUGUACAAACCAGUGACCAUGAUUAAGGCCCUGUUUGGAACCACUCAGAUUAUAUAAUCCAGUUUUUAUAAUC